AUGCCUUCACAACGCCCGUAUUUCCUCUCUUCUUUCCUCGCCGCCUUCCGUCCUCAAGGCCCUUCCAUCUCGACAUCGUCCACACAUCAACAUCAACACCAACCAAACAAGCACGCCCGAGAUACAACGACGACAGCUACAUCUACCACAGCCACUGCAGCAACUUCAACAUCGACAUCUACCUCAACAUCACAUAAUCACCAACAGCAACAAACAACUACUUCUAGCGUCGCCAUCCGCCCUCCACGCAACACCGCCUCCUCCUCCUCACCGUCAACGUCUACUUCUCCCAGCAACGGCACCGCCAUUCCCAUUCCUGGAUCUUCUGGACGACGUGGGAGCGACAGCAGUAGUGAAGGAUUCCGUGAUGUGAUAGGCGCCGAUAAGUGGUAUAUUGGUGGACGCACUCCUGGCGGUGAGGAGAAGUUCUUCAAGCUUGGCGUUAUUCGCCGCGUGAGAAGCAACGAUGGCUUGAGCUUGGAUCGUUUGAGUCUAUAA